AUGGAAACGGCGAAACCCACCAUCGACGGUCUGAUUCUUGCUUCUCUCUCAGCCGUCCACUGUCCACCGUCCGCCAUCGUGCCACGCCACUGCUUGCCUAUGGUAUUAACUCUGUUUUCUAUCUAUUCCUUCUCUUUUUUGCCUGAAUCGCGUGAUUUUCCUGGCGGGUUGGUUAUGGAUUUUGAGUUUUAUUCUGUUAUGGUUGAUGGGUUUUGCAAUAAAGACAUCUUAUUGGAGGGGUUGAGGGUUUUGAGGGUGAUGGUCAGUGAGAAUUUGGUGGUUGAGGUUGGGGAUAAUAUAAGGGUGUUUAUUUACAGGGGUCUAUUGAGGGAGGCCAGGAUUAGGGACGCCAUGGAAUUGAAUGAGACUUUGUGCUGUGUUUAUGCUAGUGGUGGUGGUGUGAUGGUGAAACUGUGA